CAUCUUUUCCUGGGGCAAUUGAUCCAUUUUCCUGGGGUUUUGGGUCUUUGGAACGAUGUCGCAGUUCAAGCUUAGCCUGGCCACUAAGGCCAACCAGGCCUCUUUGCUUCCAGUCCUCCUGGUUGCUACCUCCAUCAACGAGGCUCGCCCUACUCCCGUCAUCGCCAUCAACUUCGAGGAUGCGGCUGUUCUCCCCGAGGGCGAGAAGGCUAUCGUUCAGUUCACGGGUGCCAGCGGUGCUCCCGUCUAUGGAACUGACUAUGCCAUCAAGGAGCUGCGUGCCAGCUUCCCCUUCCUUAAUGGAAAGGAUGAGAAGUCUGAGAACGAAUGGCUUUCCCAGCUCGAGUCCUUCACCACCCUUGACUUCAAGGCUCUCGACCCUCUGCUUCAGCGCCUGAACACCCACCUCCUCCUCCGUUCCUUCAUUGUCGGUUACUCGCUCUCCACCCCCGAUAUUGCUCUGUGGGGUGCCCUUCGUGGCAACCGCGUUGCCAUCUCCGCUAUUCGCAAGGGAGCCCUUGUCAACCUGACUCGUUGGUUCAACUUCCUGGAUGAGCUCUGCCCCUGGGCUAGCGCUGCAUUGGAGAGCCUCAAUGCUUCCGCCAAGGAGAAGAAGGCGGCCAAGGCCAAGGAGGGUGCCAGCUACGACAUUGCUCUUCAGAACACUGACAAGGGUGUUGUCACUCGUUUCCCUCCUGAGCCCUCUGGAUACCUGCACAUUGGACACGCCAAGGCUGCUCUGCUCAACGACUACUUUGCGCACGAGAAGUACAACGGCACCCUGUUGGUGCGCUUCGACGACACCAACCCCUCGAACGAGAAGCAGGAGUUCCAGGAUGCUAUCAUGGAGGAUUUGGCCCUGAUGGGCAUCAAGCCCGACAGGAUGAGCUACUCCAGUGACUACUUCGACCAGAUCUACGAGUACGGUCUGAAGAUCAUCCGCGAGGGCAACGCCUACGCUGAUGACACCGACAAGGAGACCAUGGCCUCACAGAGAAUGAACGGCGAGCCCAGCAAGCGCCGUGAUGCUUCCGUCGAGGAGAACCUGGCUCGUUUCGAGGAGAUGAAGCAGGGUACUCCUGAGGGUCUCAGAUGGUGCAUCCGCGCCAAGAUGUCUGUGGACAACCCCAACAAGGCCAUGCGUGACCCCGUCAUCUACCGCUGCAACCCCUCUCCUCACCACCGCACCGGCACCAAGUGGAAGAUCUACCCCACCUACGACCUGUGCUGCCCCAUCUUGGACUCGAUUGAGGGCGUUACCCACGCUCUCAGAACCAUUGAGUACCGUGACCGGAACCCUCAGUACCAGUGGUUCUUGGACACCCUCGGACUCCGCCACGUGCAGAUCUGGGACUUUGCGCGCAUGAACUUCAUCCGUACUCUGCUCUCGAAGCGUAAGCUCACUAAGCUGGUCGACCAGGGCGUUGUCUGGGGCUGGGAUGACCCUCGCUUCCCGACCAUCAGAGGUAUUCGCAGAAGGGGUAUGACUGUGCCGGCUCUUCGCGAGUUCAUUCUCAAGCAGGGACCCAGCAAGAACAUCACCAACCUGGACUGGACCCUCAUCUGGGCGACCAACAAGAAGUACAUUGACCCCGUUGCGCCGCGCCACACUGCCCUCAUGAAGAAGGACCUCGUCAAGGCCGUCAUCAAGGGCGCCCCUGCUGCUUACACCGAGGACAAGCCUAAGCACAACAAGAACCCCGAGGUUGGCCAGAAGAAGGUCACCUUCAGCGGUUCGGUUCUCUUCGACCAGGAGGAUGCCAAGACCUUCAAGCAGGACGAGGAGAUCACCCUCAUGGCCUGGGGUAAUGCCAUUGUCCGCAAGAUCGAGAAGGACGCCGCGGGUGUUGUGCAGUCCCUGGAGCUUGACCUGCACCUGGAGGGCGACUUCAAGAAGACCGAGAAGAAGGUCACUUGGCUGUCUGCUGACCAGGAACUGGUCCCCGUGGAGCUGGUCGACUUCGACUACCUCCUCAACAAGGACUCCCUCCAGGAGGACGAUGCUCUGGAGGAUGUGCUGAACAAGAACACCGAGUUCCGUGAGGACGCCGUGGCUGACUGCAACGUUGCCGAGCUGCGCGAGGGCGACAUCAUCCAGUUCGAGCGCAAGGGCUACUUCCGCUGCGACCGCCCCUACGCUCCUGGCAAGCCGGCUGUGCUGUUCAACAUCCCCACCGGUAAGACUGGCAAAUAGAUGUGCACUGAGUAGAUAUGAGUCUACAUGUUAUGAAGAUACGCAGACUAUGUGAUGUAGACGAAAUGCAAGAUUUCAAUGUCAAUUGAUAUGCGGGCAUUAUUCAUUAAUAUCUGGUUCCACGUCGGAGACUUGCAGGAAAAGACUUCCGUCACAUAUCAAGAGCAGAAAUCAGAGAAUGUUGUGUGAUUAGAUAAUAAGCUUAGCAUCCACUCG